UUGUUUGAGUACUAUCAUAAAAGGAAUCGAGGCGUAUACGAGGCUAUUUACCGAGUAGACAGCACCUAAAGCCACCUUUGCUUACCAACAAAAACAAGGGAGUCGCGUGCCAAGCUUCUCUUGUGACUCUUCGAUUUAUGUAAAUGGAUUUUAAGAUGCCGCCCCGUCCCCGUGGGAAGAUGCACAGAGGUGGAGGAGGAGGCGGAGGGAUGAGAGGGGGUUAUGGAGGCCAUGGGGGAGGUCAUGGCAGAGGCCACUGGGACAGAGAUCACGGUGGUGGUGGAAGAGGAGGUGGAGGGGGAGGAGGGGUGGUGGAGGUGGGGGUGGAGGGGCUACAGAGGAAGAGGUCGAGGUGGUGGCCAUCGUGGUGGACGUCCUGAUUACUACCACGGUCGCCGCAAGAGCCGUAGUCCCCCACCCCGUCAGCGUCACGACCACGGAAAGCUGUUGGCAAACUUGGGCCCAGAAGCCCAGUUAGCUCUGACAACAGCCCUGAUCAACUCAGUUCUAAAGACAGAUGGAAGGGACGGCAGAGGGAUGUAUCGCGACAGGGACAGACACAGGGAUGGCCGACGCGAGGGCCGUGGAGGAUACUUUCGUGAGGAGUCGAGAGAGCGCAGGCACUAUGGGGAUGAGCGCAGAUCACAUGAGCCCAGACCGUACCAUGAGGAGGGGAGAGGUCACCGCUAUGAGCGAGAGAAAUCUGCUUCUGGCUCCCCUCGCUACCGUAAUAACAGAUAUUCCGGUAUGGCCAGGAGGAAGCCCUCCCCUCAUGCACACCAUGGGCCGUCACGUAAGCGUCAGAGACUAGAGAGAAUGGAUAGUGGUGAGAGUGGUAGCUCUCCCCACCAUGAUCGGGAGUAUGAGGGUGAUGAUUCCUACGAUCAAGAGAGAGAGCGAGACAGGCAGAAGGAGCGAAGACAUCGGAGCCCUGGGAGCGAGGACUCGCGCAAGGGCCGGGAGGGCGAAGGAGGCGAAGGUGCCAACGACAAGGAAGAAGGGGGUGACGGACCUAGUGGGGUGCAAGUUACUAUCAAGGCAGAUGGCGAAAGGGCCGUAAAUAGUGAGGGUCAUGUGAGAGCGAGAGUGUCUGGCCGUCUCUUUGUCGAACUUAGAUGUCCUCAUUGUCCCAGCCAGAAGUCAAUAACAUUCAAGGAAUACAAGUUUCAUCUUGGUAGUGAGGGACACAAAAACCAGCUCAAUCGACUUGCCAGGAAACAUUCUGUUGUUCUAAGGAAAAUUCGUGUGCAGCAAAGACAGGAACAGAGAGACAUUGAGGAAAAGUGGAAAGAAGAGAAAGCUGAAGAGUUCAAGAAUGCCGUUUCAAAGUUCUGUACCACAUGCAAGCUUGCUUACAAAUGCCUGGGCAGCAACGUCAGUGACGGUCUCAGUCUUCACAAUCGCAGCAAGUUCCAUAGAAUGCAACGACACUACCUGCAUCCACGUUGUUCCAUGUGCCGCAUCACAUUCCCCAGCCGAAUGGUGUACGAAUACCACAUUGCGUCUAUUAGUCACUUAAGAGUCAGAACAGCCAAAAUCGAUAAUAAUGGUGGUGAGGGUCGAAGUGAUGAACAGGAUCAGGAAGAUGAUGACGACGUUCUAGAUCUUGCCAAUUUCAUGACUCUCGACUCUGUUGGUGAAGAUGAUGAGGAAGUCGGGUCUGAGCAUGAGGAGAUCACCGAAGGCUUAGAUGAGGUGGAAGCAGCCGAAGAAGGAAGCAUGAGGAAGAAAUCAUCGAAGGGGAGAAAGUGUGGAAUGGGACGCGAUAACGAUGAAAUAUCCAUUGAUGCCGACUGGGAAAAGGAUAAUCUUGAAGAGGAUGAUGAUGAGACUGAGCCUGUUGGAAUGGACUAUGUAACCCGUGUUGAAGCAUACUACUGUAGCCUCUGCUGUAAGUACAUUCGAGGUGAUACGUCCUUGGGCUCACGCUGUGUCCAGCGACACUGUCGAUCUUUUGAUCAUCUUGCUCACUACCAGGAUGCCCAUCCUCCCCCAGCAGAGGAAGAAGAGGAUGCAGAUGCUGUUGAAAAGAAAUCCAAAAGUGAGAGUGGAGUUGGUGACGAGAGUGCGGAAGGGAAAAGCUACCGCAGAAGGGAAGAAGGUAAUUCAGAAGGUGAGGAAGGUGAUUAUGAAGGUGAGGGCGACUAUGAAGAGGAAGAGGAGGAGGAGGAGGAUCAUGAUGAUGAUCCAGAGCAAGAAAAAUUGUGGGAGGAGGUUGAUCAGGGUCUUGCGGCUCUUCAGGAUGUGGUGUCUAUGUACCUUCCCAAUGUCAAGAGUCAGAACUCAUCCUUAACAGGUGAAAUAAUGAAUGAAAAUGGGGACAAGGCAAAUCUUGCGGCUGGAAGGAGUAAGGACGCAGAGAAGGAACACAACAAGAAUGGCGAUGCAGAGGCAAGAGAAGAUAGUGGUGAUGAAGAUGGCAAAAUGGAAAUAGCCGAGAGAGAAGAGUCUGACAAUGACUCGGCGAAUGAAGAGGAAGCAGAGAUGACCGAUGAAAACAAAGAAGAUGCAGAGUAUGAUGCCAAGGCCUCAGAGAGAGAGAAUGAACUGGAGGAGAGACAAGAGGAAGACAUUGAAAGUGGAUCAGAUGGAGAUUAAAAAGAAAGAGGAAAAUGCAAAACAUAGAGUUGGAAUAUUGCCUUUAAAUAUAUUAUUAUCCUGAUGUUGACAUUCAAGUAGACUUGCUCAUAUCUCUUUUGAGCGUCAGAUGUAUUAUAUUUGUUAUAUUUGUCUCUAUUGUGGAUGCAGUACCGUCUUACGUUGUGUAAAGCUACGUACAUUGUGUGUAUGUAUAAGAUUGUUUUUUUGGGCUGUCUUUUGUCUUUAUUUUCAGAAUUUUGUCUUUCGUUUAUUAUUUUCGCAAGUUGCCACAAAUCUACUAUAAGUCAUGAGUUGAACAAAAUUGUGUGAUACGCCUGCAUCAGAUCUUUACUGAUAACUAUCAAUUCUUUGAUGAAUUUUUUUUAAGUGUUUAUCUCUUGAUGUGGUAGAUGAUAAUAAAAAUUUCAUGUAUUCUAAGAGACUGAAAUAUAGAAAUAAUAAGUUUUAAGGUAC